CCGGAUGAUUUCGAUCAACUUGUCCAUGAUGAUUUCGAUCAACAACACCAUAAGCCGCCACCUGAGAGUCCGAGACAAAAGCUCCAUCACAGUAUAUAUCUUGCUGGAAAUAAGUAGGUGGUAGAUCAAGGAUUGUACAAGGUAUAAAAGGCCGAAGAGGAGAGGAAAAGUAGCCAAUGGUACUUCACUAGCAAUCCAAUAAGCAAAGUAUCCAAAGGCCUUAGCAGAGGUUUCCGAAGUUGUGGACGAAUACCUUUUCACAAUCAUUCAUUUCGAGCAUUCCAAAGAGCCCACAGAUGAGCCAGCACUGCCACUAAAGAGUUGAAAGGGAUCACUUCGUGGAGAUUGAAGAGCCACGUAUGGAUAGAGAGGAAGCUUAGAGGAAAAUGGAGAUCGACAAAGCCCUCCUGCCAGAAGUGCAUAACAUGGGAGCAUCCAAAAAGGCAAUUCCACACAUCCUUGAUAUCACCAUCACAAAGCGUGCAGUUAGGUGAGUUAAUCACUUUUCGAAACCAAAGAUUCUUCUUUGUCGCCAUUGCGUUUCUAGUGAUCCUCCAAAUGAAAUUGAAAAUUUUAGUGGGAGGGAUAAACUCCCAAGCCACUUCCAUGCUUUGAUGGAACAGUGAGGGUGAUUAGGAUCGUCCAAACCGGUCCUAGUUCUUUCAUAUGCUUUAAAGAUUUUGUAGGCCGACUUUACAGAAAAGCCCAUAUUUCUCUGGAUGCCACACCCACGAGUGCUCUUAUCACUCGAACCAAUAGGGAUCCUCUUGAUUGCCUCAGCUUCUUCUAGAAGGCAGGAUUGCGACAUCCUAAGAAAAUGCUACUUUUAUCCAUGGGAGAACUCAUUGCGGUAAUUCAAUCUGAACUCACAACUAUCCAAGUCGAUUCUACCUAGUCAAAGCGGGUAGAAUUUAGUACAUAUGAUUUUUGGGUUGGGUGAGAAUUUCACUCAUUUCUUUUUUAAAUUGGUGGGUUGGGUCGGCCGUGAGUUUUGCCAAAAUCCAACCAAUUUUCCAUCAUCUCUGCACCAACCGAUAAAGCAAAACGACAUAAUUUUAUAUCUAACCAGAACAAUAUGAUUAUAUGAAUUAUUUAUAGAUGUUAUUAGUCUUUAUGACAAUACAAAUCUAUUAAUAUGGGUUAUUUGAUGGAUAUUAGUAGUUUUUGUAGAGAUAUAUUUGUAUGAAAAUUUCGAUAGAUGUAAGUGUUCAAAAAAAAUAAUGUAGGAUUAAAUUCGUGAAUCCAUGGCUAACCAUGCACCCGUGGUUGUGGGUGCCCGAGUUUCACUUCCAAAAUCCAAUAAGUAUUUUACCAAAUUAUUUUAAUAAAUACAACCACUGAGUUCACUACGGGAAAAAUGCCUUCUUGCAACACUCGGAUUGCAACACUAUUUGAAAGUGUUGCGUUAAAUAUGUUAUGGCAACACUUUUUUUUGGAGUUGCGUAUUGGAUAGUUUACGCAACUCAAUUUAAUUAUAUGUUGCAAUUAUUCUCUUAACACAACACAUAUGUCAAAAAUAAAUUUAGGGUUGCCUAAUUCAAUAAGUUAUGGAACACUUAUUAAAAUUUUGUUGCAAAAAACAUAUAUUUAUAUUACCGUUUGAUGUACGUACAUCCCAAUCAGAAAAGCAAAGGAAAGGUAAACACCAAAAAAUAAAAAAUCCAACUUCGACCCAAAUACAGAAAAGAAAAGGAAAAGCAAACAAAAACCCACCCAACUUUACCAAUCAAAUUAGUCUCGUUACUCUACUUUUUACCUCCCUUUUCUCCUUCCUCUAUCGCACUUCUCCAUAGUUUGUGCUUCUGCCCUCACAAAAAAGCUUCCCCUGUGUUUAUCUGCUGCAAAAUCGACGAGUAUAGCAGAGGUCCAGCCAGCAACUAGGAAUCAGAGUCCAUCAAUCCUCCUCUGAAGGUCAUAUCCCCAAGAACAACGGUACGAAUUUCGUUACCCACCCCACCAUCAAGAAUCAUCCUCAAAUUCCUGUUCGACCGUCGACCGCGGUGGGUUCUCCUUUCUCCUUUCACCGGUUCACCCGAUCUUCUGUAGCGGUUCUACUUGCUUUGUAAAUGUAGAUUAUUUUUCGCUGGCUUAAAAGCUGAAGAUGGUUUCGGUUAUUGUAGCUUGUUCUUGAGCUUGUUCUAAUGAGUGCUGCCUUAGAGGGGAAAAAUUAAAGUAGCCUGGGGUUUGAUUCGAGUGUUUUUUCUGCUGUUUGCUGCAAUAUCUAUUGUGUUCUUUCUUGUCGCUUGUGUUCUUGACUAUUAUGUGUUCCUGAAUGCCUUGUUUGGGUGGAGUUCUUUAUCUCUCUGCUUACUGUGCUAAUUUGUGGGUUUAUGGGGACGGUAUGAUUUAGAGUUUUCCCCUGCGGGUUAAGUACAUUAUAUAUCAUGCUCGGUCUAGUAGUUAUAUACUGAAUCAUUUAUAUACAAUCCAAAUGAAUUAGGUAGUUGGAUUUGUAACUUAAUGAAGAAAUAGGAAUUGUUUAACGACCGGCUAAUGAAGCUACAAUCAACAUUGCUAUAGUCUUGUAAGUAUGGUUAAUUUAUACCGAUACAGUUCGUUCCUGGCUACCUCCUAAUUUUCUUGGUUGCUACUUACAAGUGGAUUUAAUUAUUCACUCUGCAGGCUUCAAGUCGUGGCCCGGAAAGCAAAUCCAUAGUCACAACUACCGCACACCUCAACCCUUCAAGGACCAAGUGAGCAAUGCAUACAUACAUAUAUCCAUCCAUUGUAUUUGUAAAAAAAGAAUAAAAAAAGAAAAAUUAAGUUCCAAACUUAGGGGGUUACAGUAGCAUAGCAGAGCAAUUGCAACUUUGAUACUAUAUAUGCAUCAAAAAGGAGAUUGAAUUUGGAGUUAGGAAAUUGAGAUCCAUAUAGACUCCAUGUACCUCCAUCAUGGUUUAUGUCCCAUUAUUCUUAACAAAUAACAACUACUUGUGGCAGGGUGGCAUUGACGAGAGUGAAGAUCCACAAACUGCUGCUUUUAGCGAACUAAAAGAAGAGCCGAGAGGCAGCUCUGCAGAGGUUUUCAAUUUGGGCAUAAUGCUGCUUUCUUACCCUUGGUGUGAUUUAUUAUAGUUUAUAUCCCAACUGAAAAAAUUCAGAGUUUUCGUGGAUAAGGAAGCGAGCUGCAGGCUUGUGAAAGGGCCUUGCGGAUCUUCGUUUGGCCUCUGAGGUUUGCUAGUUGGGGCAGCCAUGUUCUUCAUUCUGCUGAACUUGUAGGAUCGAAAUGUACCUCAGAGUUCAGUCGUUGUUCUUCACUCAACCACACUCUCCUUAUGAAAGUGAUUUGUACGGUUAAAGGCUUAAUAUAUGUUCGGUUGGAUUUCCUUUCAAUCCCAGUUUCUGAACAUUUUCACUGCAGCAAUUGAUAGAAAAGUGAUAUGCUGUUAGUGUCAAUGCGUCGUUGUGAAAUGCUUCUCAUUACCACCAGUUUUCAUUAAACAUCAGUUGUGUUGAUUUUCUGCUGAAAUUUACUAAUUGUGAUGAAUUUUGAUUUUGAUCUUGUUUGUUUGUAUUUUUAUAUUGAUUUUCUGCUGGAAUUGCAGCUUUCCUCAUUGUACUUAUUUUGUCCUGACCUUAGUGUGUAAAUUUACUAAUCCAGGUCAUUCAUUUUGCAGUUUGUUUAUUGAAAAUGGACAAGAGUUGGUUGUCGAAAGCACGAGUGAGUAAGGCCUAUCGUAAUGGAGUAGAGAGUUUUCUGAACUUUGCAUUUGCUAAAUCAGCUGAGGGGAAUGAGAUUUUGUGUCCCUGCGUGAAGUGCAAGAAUAUGUUUUGGCAAACCAGAAAUGUCGUCAAUGAACACCUGAUUUGUCAUGGAUUUGUGAAGAAAUACUUAACCUGGACUUUCCACGGAGAGAAUGAAGUUGAAGAUAGUGACAAUGAUGAUAUGGUAGAUGAUGAUGAUAUGUAUGGUCUAUUAAGUGACCUUGCAGCUAGUGUCGGCCCAGAGCCUGAUGGAAUGACGAAGCACUUUUUCACUCUGAUAGAAGACGCCGACAAAGAAUUUUAUCCGGGCUGUGAAAAUUUUUCCAAGCUUUCAUUCACCAUUCGAAUAUAUCUUCUAAAGUGCCUUAAUGGAUGGAGUAACUCCUCUUUUGAUUCUCUCCUUUCUUUGUUGAUCGAGGCCUUUCCUGAUGCAGAGAUUCCCAAAUCAUUUGUUAAAAUGAAAACAAUGAUUAAGGGUUUAGGAUUGAACUACAAGAGGAUUGACGCUUGUCCAAAAGAUUGUAUGCUAUAUUAUGGUGAUGAGGAUAGUAAGCUGAAGAGUUGCAGAAAAUGUGGCCAGUCCAGAUACAAGUUACCCUCUAAGGAUGAUGGGGAUCGUGGUGAAGAUGAUAAUGUUUCCGGGAAACAAGUUGCUGCCAAGAUUUUCCGCUACUUUCCUUUGAUACCGAGACUCCAAAGGUUGUUCAUGUCUUCGAAAACAGCUGGAUACAUGAGAUGGCAUGAGAAAAAGCGAAUCAAAGAUGGGAAUCUUAGGCAUCCUGCAGAUGGUCAAGCAUGGAAAGAUUUUGAUGACUUGCAUCCGGACUUUGCAGCUGAUUGUAGAAAUGUGCGGAUUGCCAUUGCUUCUGAUGGUUUCAAUCCAUUCAGGACCAUGACAAGUAAUCAUAGCACAUGGCCCGUGGUAGUCGCAAUCUACAACUUGCCACCCUGGAUGUGCAUGAAAUCAGAGUACUUGGUGUUGUCUUCGAUUAUCCCAGGGCCAAAAUCACCAGGGAAUGAUAUUGAUGUCUAUUUAGGACCUUUUGUGGAUGAACUGAAGAAGCUAUGGAGUGAGGGAGUAAUGACGUAUGAUGCUCAUAGGAAGCAAAUGUUUAAUAUGCGUGCUUGUUUGAUGUGGACCAUUAGUGACUUUCCGGGAUAUGCCAUGUUGUCUGGUUGGAGCACAAAAGGAUACUAUGCGUGUCCAAAUUGUAAUUAUGAUACAUGCUCUUUGCGGUUGAGUCACAGCAAUAAGAUGUGUUAUAUGGGGACACGUAGGUUUCUUGAUGAUGAUCAUGAAUGGAGGAGGGACAGGAGUUCUUUUAACGGGAAAACUGAGUUUGGGCGGAGUCCUAUACCUUUAUCUGGUUCGAUGAUCAAGGAAAAGUUAUCAGGAUUCAUCAAUGACUUUGGCAAGAGGGACAAUAAGAAAGGCGAGACAAGAUUUCCUUUGCAUAAGUUGUCCAUUUUUUUUGAGUUGCCUUAUUGGGAGAAAAAUCAAUUGCGUCAUAAUCUUGACGUGAUGCAUAUAGAAAAGAAUGUCUUUGAAAAUGUUUUAGGAACAUUGUUAGACAUUCCUGGAAAGACCAAAGAUCAUCUGAAUGCUCGUCUGGAUUUACGUGAUAUGGGAAUCAGGAAGAAGCUUCAUCCGGUUGAAUCAUCAAAUCGUAAGAAGAGUGUAUUGCCUAGAGCUUGCUUUUGGCUAACCAACCAAGAAAAAGAUAUUUUUUGUCAGGUUUUAAAAGGAGCUAAAGUGCCAGAUGGAGCUGCAUCAAACAUUUCUCAUUGUGUCAACCUAAAGGAGAGGAAACUAUCUGGGUACAAGAGUCAUGAUGCCCACUUUAUGAUGCAAUACCUGCUUCAAGUCGCAGUAUGUAAGACUUUGCCCAAAAAUGUUGCUAUUGCUGUCAUUAGGCUUGGUCAAUUCUUCAAAGCCAUUUGUAGGAAGGUCAUAUCAUUGAGCGAGUUGGAUAAGUUGCAAACUGAAAUUGUUGAGACUCUUUGUCAAUUUGAGAGGAUUUUCCCACCCAGCUUUUUCGAUGUUAUGGUUCAUCUACCAAUUCACUUGGUCGAAGAAGUUAGGCUGGGAGGGCCUGUACAAACUCGGUGGAUGUACCCAAUUGAGCAUUUUUUGGGUGUCUUGAAGGAUUUUGUGAAGAAUAGAAAUCAGCCUGAAGCAAGCAUAGCUGAAGGCAACUCUGCUAAGGAAUGUUUAAUCUUUUGCUCAAGAUAUUUGAGUGAUAAUGGUGAUACGAGGUUCACUCGAAGUUCCAGGAACCAUGAAGGAUUUGUCACAGGGGAAAACUCUGCAGAUUUAUUCCCAAUUUUAGGCAGACCGCUUGGAGCAAAAAAGAAUGGGAAGGGUAAACUAAUUGAAUUGAAUGAUGAGGUUCUUACCCAAGCUCGGCGAUAUGUUAUCAUCAAUUGUCAGGAUAACUUGUCUGAGCUGUCUGCAUAUAUCGAUGAGUUUGAUCAAUCACAAAGCAGAAAACGUAAGGGCAGGAAUUGGGCAAGAGAAAAAAGUCAAGCACAAGAUAUAGUACAAUGGCUAGAGUUGUGCGUUCAAAAUGACAAACAUGUUUCUACGAUGAUCAAACACCUAGCUUCUGGUCCGAAUUAUGUUGCUCAGAGCUUCUCAGGAUACCUUAUUAACGGUUAUAGGUUUCAUACUUUGAGUCGCGAGAAGAACUUGCAAACGCAAAGUAGUGGGGUAACGCUGACAGCAAUGACAUCAAGUUAUGCAAGUUCCAAGGAUAAAAAUCCAGUGCUUGCUGAUGUUACUUACUAUGGAGCUAUCGAUGAGAUCAUUCAGUUGGAUUACUAUUCCCAUUUCAAAAUAGUUCUGUUCAAGUGCAAGUGGUUUGAUUCAGAAAAGGAUGGUUAUGGGCUCACUCGGGUGAAUUUUAGAAGGUUAAAGUAUCAAAAUGACCCAUUUGUCAUGGCAAAUCAGGUAAAGCAAGGAUUUUAUGUGCAAGAUCCAAUGCAACAAGAUUGGCAUUAUUUCAUGGAGACACUUCCUCGAGACUUAUUUGACAUGAGAGUUGAUGGCUUAGAAGAUGAGUAUGCUUCUAAUUCAAGAGCACCUAGCAUAGAGCCUGUCCUGCCAAUUGAUAACAAUGAGGAGCUUGAGUGGUCAAGAGAUGACGUUGAAGGAAUAACGGUUGAAAUUCCUGAAUCGAAAAAUACUGAAGUGGAAGAUGCAGUGGGGCUUGAUGCGGAAGAGGAGGACGAUCUUGCUACAAAGGAGACUGAAACGACAGCUGUUGAACCCAAAAACACAAGUGAAGCUGCAAUCCUAGAGGUUGAAGAAGAGUACACAAGUGAAUCUGAAAAUGGUGAUGGUGAUGAAGAUGAACACUCAAGUGAAGCUGAAAUGACCGAUGAUUUCUAUGAAGACUCUGACUAAGCAUAUUAUUCCUUUAAUCCGGUGAUUCUACAGACCUUUGGCAGUGCGGUGCAAUAUCUUUGAGACAUUAUUUAGCCUGUACCUAACCCUGAAAGUAUGCUUUUUGUUUUUUAGGAAAUGGAGGAUCACACUUGCAGUAGCAUGGUGUUACAGAGUCCAAAAGGUACGUGAAAUUUUAGUUUGUUGUUUAAGCUAUUUCUUGUUCUGCGUGUUCAUCUUUUAAUUGCCAAAGAACCGUAUUUAAUUUUAUGUGAAUGUGAAUCCCUACUGCAAACUCCCAAUUUUAUUUGAUACAGAGUCCAAAAUUUUCUUUUGGCGGAGUACGUCCCACGUUUGUGAUGAGUUGGAGCGACUAGGAAUAGAAAUCACAGUCCGACCCUAUUAGGCUGCUUGAUAGGCUUGUAUUAUUUAUCUCAUUGGUCAAUUUUUCAUUAAGAUAAGAUUACAUCAAGAUUAAAAAAGAAGUACCAAUUUUUGGUUAAAUGAUACGCAUUAAAAAAAUGCCCAAGUCCUGGGAUAUAGAGCGGCAUGCAUCUUUUUGUGAAUGUGAAUCCUUUUUUUGGAGUCCUACUAAUGCCCAAGUCCUUUAAUUUGGCGGCAACUAUUGGCGCCAACAUCCUUCCAUCACUUUGAGCCACCAGCAGUCGAGCAGGAAAGAAGUAAUUAGGCGAGGCGGAUAAUCGAGAGGACAUAAACCCUAAAACCUGAUCAAGUCCUUUAAUUUUAUGUGAACGUGAAUCCCUACUCCAAAAAUUGUAACUAGUCAACUUAAUUAAUUGGAGUCCUUUUUUUGAUUCACUAUAAUACAAAUCUGCUCUUUUUUACAUUGAGUCUUUUUUGUUUGUUGAUUUCUGGUUUGCUGGUUAAUAGUUUAACUAGAUGUAAACGUCGUUUUCUAGUUAGCCUACUUAAUACUUUUGGAGUAGCAUAUUUGAAUAUGCUCUUAUUAUUAAAUCAAGUCAUUAAAACUUUGUCUCGUAUUUACUAUUACAGUGAAGAAUAAGAGGGGUAUCACAACCUGUAAUGCUGUUGUGCUAGCAACCCAAGAUGGGAAAAAAUUAGAGGUUUAUUUUCCCAACACAGGGACAGAGGCUGUUGGUAAGAAUGCUCGGCACUUAGUUAGUUUCUGUGGGGUUCUAAUAAAAAAACAUGCUAAGUUGAGUGCCACGAAUUGGGAUGAGGUUGAAGAAACAAUUGGUGAUAAAUUGUGCUCCUUAGUGGAGGUACGAUCAAUCAUUUUCACACUUUUCAUUUUUUGUUAAUAUUUUGCAUAUUGAACUAUUCUUAAGAAUCUUAUACUCUUGAGUUACUUUGUUUGUAGGAGAAAUUCAAGAGCAAUUGCAAUGAGAAGCUAAGAUCUUUUAUAUUUAAGAAAAUGAAAAAAUCAUAUUCAACUACGCUGUACAACUUACGCAAGAAAUAUCAAGAUAUGGA